AGGCCCGAAGCUCGUGAUCGCGCUUUCUCGGACCCGCGAACCCACCAAGCAGUUCGUCAACAGCAACAGAAGACCAGGACAACGACAUCAUUCAAGGGCCGACCAUGGCGUCGCGGGGGAACUCCCUGCGCGACAAGCAAAUCCUCUCGAUCAAGAAGAUUCUCAACCUGAACGAACCCCUCGAACCAAGCGAGAACGAUGAUCCGCACUCCAAUGGCUUUGCGGUGCCUUCUGCACCAAUAUCGAAGGAUGGGACCCCCAUCUGGAAGCUUCUCGUGUUUGACGACCUUGGUCGCGACGUGAUCAGCCCGGUGCUCCAAGUGUCAGAUCUCCGGUCAAUGGGGGUGACGAUGCACAUGCACAUCGCAUCUCAGAGAGCCGCCAUCCCCGAUGUCCCAGUGAUAUAUCUGGUCGAGCCGACCGCCGCAAACUUGCAAGCAAUCACGAACGACUUAAAAAAGGGGGUCUACAGCUCGGCCUACCUGAACUUCCUCUCCUCGAUACCGCGGCCCCUAUUGGAAGACUUUGCUGCGCAGACAGCUGCGGCAGGCACUUCAGAGCAGAUCGCCCAGGUCUAUGACCAAUAUCUCAACUUCAUUGUCACAGAGCCAGAUCUCUUCAGCCUAGGGAUGCAGAAAGAGCACACCUACUGGGCUUUGAACAGCGCCAAGACUAAAGACGAAGAGUUGGAUCGGGUGAUAGACCGGAUAGUCAGCGGCCUGUUCAGUGUUGCGGUAACAUCAGGAGUGAUACCCAUUAUUCGCUGCCCAAGGGGUGCUGCGGCGGAGAUGAUUGCUACAAAGCUCGACCGCAAGCUCCGUGACCACGUUCUCAACUCGAAAGACAAUCUCUUCUCUUCCCAAGCACGGUCAGCCCCUUCGGCUACGGGGACGCCAACAUCCAGACCUGUCCUCAUCAUCCUCGACCGCAACGUCGAUCUGAUACCCAUGCUAUCUCAUUCCUGGACGUACCAGAGCCUGUGUUUUGAUAUAUUCAAGUCCGAGUUGAACCGCAUCACCAUCGAGAGCCCCGUCGAUUCCAAUAACCCGGCGAAAGGAACCACGAAGAAGACGUAUGACCUUGCGGCCAACGACUUCUUCUGGGCCAAGAACGCGUGCUUGCCGUUUCCUCAGGUCGCCGAAGACAUUGAUGCGGAACUGACGAAGUACAAGGAGGAGGCGGAAGCGAUUACCAAGAAGACUGGAGUCAGCAAUUUCGAGGACCUCCAGAACGACACUAGCGCCAGUGCGCAACAUCUCAAGACCGCCAUCACCCUCCUCCCAGAGCUGCGCGAACGCAAGGCCACGCUGGAUAUGCACAUGAACAUCCUCGCCGCGGUCCUUGGAGAAAUCCAAAACCGGCAACUGGACAACUAUUUCCAGCUGGAAGAGAACGUGGCCAAGCAGACCAAGGCGCAGAUGCUCGAGCUGAUCAAGACGAGCGAUAAGGGAAAGCCGACGGAUAAGCUGCGUCUCUUCAUCAUCUGGUUCCUCAGCACUGAGCAAGACGUGUCUCGGUCGGAAUGGACACAGUUCGAGGAAGCUCUGACAGCCGCAGGCUGCGACAAGACAUGCCUGGCUUACAUCCGACAGGUCCGAGCGACGACGAAGAUGACACAGCUCACCACCGUCAACAGCCAGGGUUCAGCAAGCCAGCAGCAGUCCGGCUCCUCGGACCUCUUCAACCGCUUCUCGGCCAUCUCAACACGCCUUACGGACCGGCUCAAGGAGACAGGAGUCCCGACCAACGCGCUGGCAUCCAACGUCGCGUCGCUGCUGGGCGGAAUCAAGAACUUCCUGCCCGUGGACAGGGAUCUGACGGUAACCAAGAUCACCGAGUCGAUCAUGGACCCCUCCAGCGCCAGCUCGUCGGCAAUCGCCAAGACGGAGCACUACCUGUACUUCGACCCGCGCAGCGCGAACGCCCGCGGGACCAUGCCCCAGCCGUCGGCAUUGCGGGCGGCAGGCGGUGGGGCCUCGGCUCCGGGCGGACUGCCCGGCUCGGCUCUCGGCGCGCAGGCUCCCGGGACCGGCGCCAGCUUCGGCCAGCGGAGGCAGGGGUACUCGGAGGCCAUCGUGUUCAUGGUCGGCGGCGGGUCCAUGGACGAAUAUGGGAACCUGCAGGAGUGGGCGGCCCGCACGGCGGGGGGGGAUCGAGCGAAGAGGAGGGUGAUCUACGGCGCCAGCGAGCUCGUGAACGCGAACCAGUUUAUUCGUGAGGAGCUGGAAAGGCUGGGCAGGGAAAUGUCCUGACGGCUUGCAGAUAUGUCUGGGCAGCGUGCAAGCUCCGAGCUGCCGCUUAAUUGCGAAGGCGAGGCCGGGAGUGAUAGGUCACAGGAUGAGCGAAACAGCGGGCAAAACAGACGUGCCGCUGUAGCCCAGCCCCGUUUCGCCUCAACGGUUUACACUACGACUAUGUCAAAUCGAGACUUGCAGGUCUCUCAGAUGCAUGCCGUUCUAGGAGACUACCUUAGGUAGUGUAAAGUCGUCACUCGUGACACGAGCACCCUCGGGACACUUGCCACAAUCCUUCAAUCCCAUAGUUCCUUCCUUGUCAUGAUGUUCAUGGAUGGACCAUGGCUGGCGAAGGCUCUGCAGUGGCGUCUCGAGCGAGUUGCGUCAAGUUUGUGGCUUAGAUACCAAACAUCCCGAUGUCAGCAAGUAAUAUCGCCGCGCUAACUUAACGUUAAUACUUGGCACACAAGCUAGU